GGCGGGGAGCGGCCGGCGGUCCGGCCCGCGGAGCCGGUGCCAGCGCGCUGCUGAGGUGGCUGUGCCCCGGCUCGGAGCUGCGGCUUCCCCGGGUGGAGCCCCCGAUGGACGCUGAGGCCGCGGACGGCCCCGCGGGCGCGGCGGACACGGCGCUGAGCUGCUUCUCUUUCAACCAGGACUGCACGUCCCUGGCCAUCGGAACCAAAGCCGGUUAUAAGCUGUUUUCUCUGAGCUCUGUGGAUCAGCUGGACCAAGUCCAUGGAAGCGAGGAGACCCCGGACGUGUACAUCGUGGAGCGCCUGUUCUCCAGCAGCCUGGUGGUGGUGGUCAGCCGCACCCGGCCGCGCCAGAUGAACGUCUACCACUUCAAGAAGGGCACCGAGAUCUGCAACUACAGCUACUCCAGCAACAUCCUGGCCAUCCGCCUGAACCGCCAGAGGCUGCUGGUGUGCCUGGAGGAAUCCAUCUACAUCCACAACAUCAAGGACAUGAAGCUGCUGAAGACCAUCCUGGAGAUCCCCCCGAACCCCACAGGCCUGUGUGCCCUGUCCAUCAACCAUUCCAACUCCUACGUGGCCUAUCCCGGAAGCCAGACGACGGGCGAGAUCGUGCUUUACGACGGACACGCCCUGAAAACGGUCUGCACCAUUGCCGCCCACGAGGGCAUGCUGGCCGCCCUCACCUUCAACGCCUCGGGCUCCAGGCUCGCCAGCGCCUCCGAGAAAGGCACCGUCAUCCGGGUCUUCUCUGUCCCCGAGGGGCAGAAGCUGUACGAGUUCCGGCGAGGAAUGAAAAGGUACGUGACCAUCAGCUCGCUGGCCUUCAGCAUGGACUCGCAGUUCCUCUGCGCCUCCAGCAACACGGAGACGGUGCACAUCUUCAAGCUGGAGCCGCUGACUAGCAGUCGGCCCGAGGAGCCUUCCACCUGGACGGGCUACAUGGGGAAGAUGUUCAUGGCCGCUUCCAACUACCUCCCUGCCCAGGUGUCGGACAUGAUGAACCAGGACAGGGCCUUCGCCACCGGGCGCCUGCACGUGUCCGGCCAGAGGAACGUCUGCACGCUCGCCACGAUCCAGAAGCUGCCGCGGCUCCUGGUGGCGUCCUCGGACGGUCACCUGUACAUCUACAACCUGGACCCGCAGGACGGGGGCGAGUGCGUCCUCAUCAAGACCCACGGCUUGCUGGGCUCGGCCGUGCCGGAGAACGAAGACAGUGACCUCAAACCACCCUUACCUCAGUCGUACGCAGCCACGGUCGCCAGGCAGGGCACGUCCCCGGCCUCCACGGUGCCAGGCUUCUCGGAGGACGGCGGGGCGCUCCGCGGCGAGGUGAUCCCCGAGCACGAGUUCGCGGCGGGGCCCGUGUGCCUGGACGACGAGGAGGAGUUUCCCCCCAUAAACUUGUGCCGCGGAAGUCAGAAGGGCAAAACGAAGCACUCGUGAGACGCACAGCCAGCACUCGGGACGCCCUGUCGGGUGGUGGUGGAGAGACCCAGGAAGGUGGAAGAAUGGAGGCCGGUAGUGUGAGCACACCUGGGGCGCAGGAGUCACGGGCGCCCCCCACUUAAGCCACUGGCCGGCCCCCAGUGUGUGUGUGUGUUUGUGAGAGAGGGGAGGGGUGAGGAGCUGCGGGUACACAUCCUGCUCUUUCAGAUACGUCACCCCCCAAGUCCGUGCAAACUAAGCAAACUGCCCUGUAACCACAGUUUUUGUAUGUUUGAAAAUGGGAGGCAGCCUUUUUCCAUGUCUGCUAUGUAAAAAAAAAAAAAAAAUGUACUUAUAGACAAACCUUUUGGAAUUGUAUUUCUUGUACAUGACUGACCGACAGAGACUAUUUUAAGCACAGCAGAGGUGUUUUGUUUUGUUUUUUGCAGUGAUUGGAAUAAAUUGUUUAUUACUUUGGA